CUUUCCUUUCUUUUUUUUUUUAUUAAUUAUGGAUUUUAUAUGGAAUACCCAAAAAGAUAUCAAUGAUGAUAAUAAUGAUUUGAAGAGUAGUGCCAUAUCCAUAAAAGAAAACGACGAAGCGUCAAAAUAUGCUUUCUCUCUUUCUAGGAGUCGUAGUACGAGUACGUCAGCCAAUUCACGAUUACGUUAUGCGCCUUUAGUUGAAAAUACAGUUCGUCGUCCUCGUGCUGACACGAUGCCAACUUCAAGUCCAUUCGAAUUAUACAAUCCAUCAACAAACAUUGACUGUCCUCCACUUCUCUCUGACGAAAACGUACCUAAUUCACUUACUAGUACACUUGCAUCUCUUGGAUUAACUGACGACGACAGCAGCAUAUCUUCAGGAUUGACUAGACACUACUUUGAACCAACAACAGCUGUUGCUGCCGCCGCUGCCGCUGCUGCUGCUGCUGCCACUCGCAACAGAUCCUACACGGUGUCGGACAUGGCUCAACGUCGUUCAUUCAAGCCUUUCUUGACUGACAAUACAAAAGAACAAGUCUCGACAGCUUCUUUGCAAACACACCAUCGACCGAGAGCGGCUAGUCUGGGCAUGGCCGAAAUAUCUCAUCACCACUUUUCACCUUUUGACUUUGAUUAUUUUGACCCGAGUAUCCAUGAAGGAAGCAAGACGGAUAACUCAUCACUAUACUCUACAAUAGAAAAGACCAGAGAAGAUGAAUUGAUGACAAAAAACGAUUCCAGACUGUCUUCACCCAGUCUAUCAGCUCAGCAAACCCCUUCUCGUGCUCUUUGGUUAGGCAAUAUCAGCCCAUCGGUCAAGGUAUCUGAUCUAUACCAGCAAUUUUCUUCUUAUGGUCAUAUAGAAAGUGCUAGAAUUCUAUCAGAUAAGGACUGUGCCUUUGUUAAUUUUGAAUCAAUUGAAUCUGCAUUAGCCGCAAAAGAGGAUCUGGAAGGUCGAUGGGGCAAUAAGGUCAAAGGAUCGGUCGUCAAGGUGGGAUUUGGUAAGGCAGAUGUGAAUCUAGCUGUUGCAUUAGCCAAUGAAUCUUCACCCAACGUCCAAGGUCCAACUCGUGCUUUAUGGGUCGGUAAUAUUCCAACGAAUACUAGUUCUACUCUUUUACAAACUGUCUUUGAAUCAUUUGGUCCUAUCGAAUCUAUACGUAUUCUCUCUCACAAGAAUUGUGCCUUUAUCAACUUUCAUCGACAAGAGGAUGCUGUCCGUGCUCGGAAGGCGCUUCAAAACAAGGAAAUUUUGGGUCCCGGUACAGGUACAGUGCGCGUGGGAUUUGCAAGAGAACCUGAGGGUGAAGAUAUUGCAGCAGCCACUGCGACCAAAUCGCGGCAUCAAGAGAACGCCAACAUCCUUGCCAGCAUUCUGUCAGAUGUAAAUAAAACCAUGAGCGAGAAACAGGCGAUCAAUCAAGAUCAACACCAGGUUCUUUAUCUCGAACGUAAACUUAUAAUGCAACACUUGGGAUAUACACCACCUGAUGAAGAUCGUAUUCCUAUACAGUAUUCCUCAUUCAUGCCACCUGUACCAGAAUUUAAUUCUGACCGCAAAGUACGCCCAUUACGACUAAGAGAAAUUAGAAAGGGAUUGGAUACUGGUCUUCUCCUGUCUGAAAUCGAGUCAAUUGCUGAAGAAUGUAUGGAGGAAAUUGUCGAACUUUGUAGUGAUUACAUUGGAAAUACGGUUGUUCAAAAAAUAUUUGAAUAUGGCAGUGAAGAUACAAAACUGGUCUUACUAAAAACCAUUGCUCCCUAUCUGGCAUCGAUUGGUGUUCACAAAAAUGGUACUUGGGCUGCUCAAAAGAUCAUAGACACUUGCCAUACAGAAGAACAGGUUGAACUGAUUUGUACUCAUCUUGCGCCUUAUGUUCCAUUAUUAUUACUCGAUCAAUUCGGAAAUUAUGUUGUCCAAUGCUGCCUUCGUAUGGGAUAUCCGAGGAAUCAAUUCAUUUUUUAUGCAAUUGCUGAUAAUUGUCUAGUUGUUGGCCAAGGCAGGUUUGGUUCUAGAUCAAUACGAGCUAUCCUUGGAAAUCCCAUUGUUACCAAAGAGCAACAGAUCUACAUUGCUGCUGCCAUCAUUCAAAACUCAAUGCUAUUAUCCAUCAAUCCAAAUGGUUGUAUCUUACUCAAUUGGCUUCUUGAUACCUCAAAAUUAUUAGAUCCUGUAUCACAUGUACAUUUGCCAUAAGUUAAAAAAUAGUCUUUAAUAUUUCCAUCAAUUUCUUCUCUACAAAAACAAAAAGCAUAUCAUCCGAUUGAUUUAAAUUAAAACUGACA